AUGUCGGAAAUAAAGGAAGCUCUCCUAGCCUUUAUGCAACAGCAACAAGCUCAACUAAAGGUACAGCAAGAAUUUUUCAUCCAACAACAAAAUGCGUUUGCUGCUCAACUUUCACAAGCAUUCGCUUCAUCAACCAUAACUUCACAUAAAGAGAUGAAAACUGAAUCACUCGCAAGCGGCAUCAUGGAAUUCACAUACGAUCCCGAAAACGGAUUAAUAUUCGAUGCUUGGUUUAUUCGCUACGAAGGUUUGUUUAACGUCGAUGCAAGAUAUCUUGACGACGCCGCCAAGGUAAGGCUGUUAUUGCGCAAAUUAAAUACAACGUGUCACAAGCAAUAUGUUGAUUACAUUCUUCCCAGUCAGCCGAAAGAUUUCACUUUUGAAGACACAGUCAAAAAACUCAAGCAAAUGUUCGGCAAAAAGAUUUCAUUGUUUAAUCAACGAUACAACUGCAUGAAUACUGUCAAAUUUCAGCAUGAAGAUUUUAUCGCUUACGCAGCCCAGAUAAAUAAAAAAUGCGAAGACUUCCAAAUUUCAAAGAUAACCGCUAAUCAAUUUAAAUGUUUAAUUUUUGUAUGUGGAUUGCGUUCUCCUAUCGACGCUGACAUCCGCAUCAAACUCCUGAACCUUAUCGAUUCCAAACUAGAUACUCUUACCAUAGAGGAUCUUACUGUGGAAUGUCAACGUCUUCUUAAUUUAAAAGCUGACACUUCUUUAGUUCAAAAUGCGAAACCACUCAAUGUAGCCGCAAUACAAACUAAACAGAAACAAUCUAAAACUGCAAAAUACAGUAAAAACAAGAAAUCGCAAAACCUCACAAAGCAAGGUCAGAAGCAACCUGCUACGCCUUGUUGGUUCUGUGGUCAGCUUCAUUAUUCUAAGGAUUGCACGUACAAGAAUCAUCUAUGUAAAAAUUACAAUACCAUAGGUCACAAAGACGGUUAUUGUAAUUCAAGCAAGAAAACAAAGAGCAAUUCGAAUAACAACGAUUCCACGUCUACAAAAACUAUAACAGCAGCAGUAAAUCAGAUCAACGAGACAUAUUUUCGCAAAUACGUCGACGUCACGAUAAAUUCCAAAACCGUUAAACUGCAACUGGACACCGGUUCUGACAUCACGAUAAUUUCCGAAGAUACAUGGAAACUGUUAGGUCAACCUCAAAGUAAACCUUCCGAACGUAUCGCUAAGGACGCUUCAGGUAAUCCGUUACACAUUUCACAAGAAGUCGACUGCACAGUCUCAUUAAAUAACGUUUCACGUCAAUUACGUUUUUACGUCACUCCAAACACAGAAUUGAAUCUCCUUGGAUUAGAUUGGUUACAUGCCUUUGAUUUAUGGCAUAAUACAAUUAACAGUUUUUGUAAUCAUGUUACUAAUCCUCAAAUUACAGCAUCACGACGUCAAGCCUUACAACAAAGGUUCCCUAACGUCUUCAGCCCUGAAUUAGGAUGCUGCACUAAAACAAAAAUUACUCUGCAUCUUAAAACGGGUGCCAAACCUGUAUUCCGACCUAAAUGGCCGGUCGCUUAUUCAAUUCUUCCAUUGGUCGAAGCAGAACUUGAACGUCUAAAGCAAGCAGGAAUUAUCUCUCCAGUGAGCUACUUAGAUUGGGCCGCACCAAUUGUCGUCGUUCGCAAGAAGAAUGGUCAAAUCCGUAUAUGCGCAGAUUUUUCUACGGGUCUAAACGACUUUUUGGAACAAAAUCACCAUCCAUUACCUCAUCCAAACGAAAUUUUUGCAAAAUUAUCGAAUUGUAAGUACUUCAGUCAAAUCGAUCUUUCAGACGCAUUCUUACAAAUUCAGGUCGACGAGAAUUCAAAACACCUCUUGACAAUAAACACUCACCGCGGUCUUUUCGUUUACAAUCGCUUACCCUUUGGCGUCACUGUAGCCCCUGGCGAAUUUCAAGCGAUUGUGGACGCUAUUAUCGCUGGACUCGACAAGGUAUUUGCAUACAUUGAUCAUCUCGUCGUUGGAGGGUCUACAAUUGAAGAACAUGAUCGUAAUCUAAAUGAAUUAUUCAAGCGCGUACACGAUUACGGACUCCACGUCCACAUAGAAAAAUGUAAUUUUUUUGCAACAGAAAUAAAUUAUCUAGGAUAUAUAAUCGACGGACAAGGAUUGCACCCAGAUCCUAAAAAAAUCUCCGCGAUUGUCAACCUGCCAGCACCUUCAGAUCUUACUACAUUACAAUGA